GGAAGCGCGGCUGCAGCGGAACCCGAGCCGGAACCGAAAGGUGCGGACAGAGGGAGACCACAUAUUCGGGGGGGACCCCGACAUGGGAUGGAGAUAUAGGGGUGAGGUGGGACCCCCCCGCACCUCGUUGGGGGGGGGCACAGCACAGGGCUUUGGCCAUGACGGAGGCUCUGGGAGCAAAGCCCAAACGGAUCCUGGUGACGGGGGGCACUGGUUUGGUGGGCAGAGCCAUUCAGGAGGUGGUGGCCAAUGGUGAGGGGCGACCAGAUGAGGAGUGGGUCUUCGUGUCCUCCAGAGAUGCCGACUUGACGAGUGCUGUGGAGACCAAAGCUCUCUUUGAGAAACACAAACCCACCCAUGUCAUCCACCUGGCUGCUAUGGUUGGGGGCCUCUUCAAAAACAUCCGCUGCAACCUGGAUUUUUGGAGGAGGAACAUCCACAUCAACGACAAUGUCCUGCAUUCUGCAUAUGAGUGCGGAGUGCAGAAGGUGGUCUCCUGCCUCUCCACGUGCAUCUUCCCAGACAAGACGACGUACCCCAUCGAUGAGACCAUGAUCCACAAUGGGCCACCGCACAGCUCCAAUUUCGGCUACUCCUAUGCCAAGAGGAUGAUUGAUGUCCAGAACAGGGGUUACUUUGAGCAGCACGGCUGCCGCUUCACCGCCGUCAUCCCCACCAACGUCUUCGGGCCGCACGACAACUUCAACAUUGAGGAUGGCCACGUGCUACCGGGGCUCAUCCAUAAGGUCUACCUGGCCAAACAGAAUGGCUCUGCUCUGACUGUAUGGGGCACAGGCAAACCCCGGAGGCAGUUUAUCUACUCCUUGGAUCUGGCCCGGCUCUUCGUUUGGGUUCUACGGGAAUACGAGGAGGUGGAGCCCAUCAUUUUGUCAGUGGGAGAAGAAGAUGAAGUCUCCAUCAGAGAGGCUGCAGAGGCAAUCGUGGAGGCCAUGGACUUCAGGGGAGAGCUCGUUUUCGACACAACCAAGGCCGAUGGGCAGUUCAAGAAGACAGCCAGCAACGCCAAGCUCAGGCACUACCUCCCCAACUUCCAGUUCACGCCCUUCAGACAAGCUGUGAAGGAGACCUGCACCUGGUUCAGCACCAACUACGCCAGUGCUAGGAAGUGAUGGAGCGGUGCACAUGGGUCCUCUUUAACUCAGGGUUGUCCUUUGCUGGGGCAGAGGAUGGGGUGUGGGGGCUGACAGCAAGGUUUCCAAAGCAAAUGGGUGCCAGGAUCCUGGGUACGCUUGAGGGUGUGCAAGGAGAGGGGGGAAAAAUAGUGAAAAAUCAAGUAGCAUCUUAUGUAGAAAAGACCCUGCUCAGGUAACACUCCCUUCCUACCUGCUGUAGGGUGCAGACCCCAUUGAGGGCUUUGGGAGGCAGAUUGGGGGUCCCAAAGGUGCUGCUGCCCCCAGAGAGAUCCCAAAUGGGGCAGGAGCAGCAGACACUAUGGUUGAAUUGAUCACAAUCAUCCCUGGGGCGUGGGCUGGCAGCUCUUAUAAUGGACUACACUACUAAUUAUGCAUAAUUAGGUUGUAAUAAAGAAGCUGAUUGAGGCUGUUUGCUGGAGGAAUCACA